AUGACUCCGCAAUUUGUGUAUAAACUUCCGUUACAAGAAUGGCAUCUAAUUAUAACAAAUACAGGGCAUCAUUUCUAUUUUAAUGAGAAGACCAGCAAAUCAUAUUGGCAAUUAAGUGAUAUACAAGCAUUGGGAAUCGAUGUGGAAACUUUUUUGAAUGGAGUAAAUUUCGAUGAGUUGGCAUUGUUGUUUGCCAAAGCAAGGGGAUUGAAGAUUGAUGAGGUAGUGGAAAAUCAAGAGGAGAUAGAGUGGAGAUCGGAGGAAGUUGAAAUCGUCAUUGAACGAGGCGAUGUGGUGUCUGGAGAGAAAGAAAAGGAGGUAAGAGAACUAAAUCAUGAGCCUGAAUCAGAACAAACACAAAUUAUCCAAGGAUAUUCAUCAAGUGAAGAAGAUUAUGAAGAUGAGGAGGAGGAAAAAGAAGAGAAUGUAUCAAGGCCAGAACAGGAUCUUGAUAUAGACCAACUAGCAGCAACAGCAAUCGAACAGUACCAACAUUCGGACUCGGAAACAGAUUCCGAAGCAUCAAAUGACCUAGACCUUUCAUUCGAUGAUAACUCAUCAUCUGAAGAUUUCAUAUCAUUACUUGAACAAUUCAAAUCAAAAAUUUCUCCAUUUGAACCAUGGGAGUUGAUCGAGGAGCGACUUAUUUCAGAGUUUGUUAAAUAUCCCGAGUUUUACACAAUUGAUUCAAAGAGUAAACGAGAGGAAAUCUUUAGACAAUGGCUGAAGCAGCAAGAGGACGAAGAGGAGCAAGAUCAAGAAGAGGAAGAAGUGGUAAAUAUAUAUCCCACCCCAACAAUUGAGUAUCUUGCAUUCCUUCAAAACUUCAAAUCCGAAAUCAAAAACGGGUUUUAUCAACCUUUUUACAGUAAACAUUAUAAACUGAUAAAUUCGUUCAAUCUUACUCCACAACAAAAGGAGACAAUAUUCAGAAACUACAAGUUGAUGUUGUCCGAGUCUUCAAUUGCUGAACGAGAGUAUAAAAAGGCCAAUUCCAAGCUGGGGAAUUUCAAGGUUAUGAAAUUAACGGAAUUUCUUAAACAAUUCAAUCUUAGUGGGGGUAAAGUCAAUUACAAUUCUGAUGAAUCAUUCUUUACCAAUUGGAUUGAUUUGUUAAACGUAAAUCAAGUUGAUUUGGAAAUUGCGGAAAAUCAAAUCAAUUUUCUUGUAGGCGAUGAAAAAAGAUUUGUCAGUUACAAAUCCGCACUUGAAUAA